AUGGCUGGAAUUGUGGUGAUUUUCGACUUCGACAAGACGAUCAUCGACGUGGACAGUGAUAAUUGGGUAGUAGAUGAGUUAGGAGGCACUGAUUUAUUCAAUCAACUUCUCCCCAGUAUGCCAUGGAACGCUCUCAUGGAUAGAAUGAUGAAGGAGUUUCAUGCAGGUGGAAAAACAAUUGAAGACAUUGAAGAGGUCCUUAAACGGGCACCUAUAAUUUCCAGGAUUGUCCCAUGCAUUAAAUCAGCUUAUGCAUUAGGGUGUGAUUUGAGAAUAAUAAGCGAUGCAAAUAUAUUCUUCAUUGAAACAAUCUUGAAACAUCUGGGAAUAAGAGAUUGCUUCUCUGAAAUCAACACGAAUCCAUGCUACGUCGAUGAGGAAGAUAGGCUUGAAAUCUUCCCUUACGAUGAUUUUCAUGGCUGCAAGAAUGUUUUGUGCCCUCCCAAUAUGUGCAAGGGUAUGAUAAUAGAAAGAAUGCAAGCUUCCAUAGGCAAUAGAAGAAUGAUCUAUCUUGGUGAUGGAAAUGGCGAUUUCUGCCCUAGUUUGAAGCUCAGAGAAGGAGAUUUCGUCAUGCCAAGAAAAGAUUUCCCCGCAUGGAAUUUGAUAAACGAAAACAGGACGUUGGUAAAAGCAUCGGUCCACAAGUGGACGGAUGGGGAAGAGCUUGAGUACAUUCUGCUACAAUUGAUUGACGCAAUCAUCAUGGAAGAAAGUCAAUUGUUAUCAAUGAAGAAUUUGAUUGGAAACGACAAUUGCUACAAUUGCAAAGCAAGUUAUAGUCUCAACGUCACACCUUUGAACAAGCCUAUUGACAUAUACUAUGAGUGGAUCGAUGAAUGUCAACGUGCCAAUAAGAGACCCGUUGUCGAAUAA